AUGUCAGUUCUACGUCAACCGCCCUCGAGUACGCGAUCUGUACCGCGUCUCCUUCCUCUGACAUUGACGAAUCCCUCGAUGGUGGCCCAGCAUACGCCUUGCACGAUGCAUCUAUCUAUAUUACCACCAGACCUUGCCUGUAAACUAUUCUACACCAUGCUCGAUCUGUCGCAGUCUUGGAAAAAGAACAAAUGGUGGCUAUUUGACCGCGUCGUUGAGAGUCCUCACCGCACGUCAUUCUAUGCUCGAAAAACAGAUGGUGUGGAGCCAAAUGAUUCAUGGCAGGAGGCUGCCCAAUAUUGGUAUAAUGGUCGGCAAACAGACCCACCUGAAGUCUUUCCUGAUGUGAUGGAGGAAGCCUGCGUGUAUGUAGAAAAUAUCGUCAACAAAGAGAUGCAAAGGCGACCCCGCCUCCCGCUUGAGUGGGGAGGCAGGGGCUCCGAAGGUCAAAUCUGGCGUGCCAAUGUAGCCGCAUCAAAUUGUUAUGAAGGCACCAAGGACAGCGUUGGGUUUCAUUCAGACCAGCUGACAUAUCUGGGACCUUACCCGACUAUUGCCUCAUUGAGUCUCGGGACGACGAGAAUCUUUCGCCUUCAGGAGGUCGUACCAAGCGAAGAGAUCCGCUCACGAAAGGCGCAAACUCUCAACAUUCCUUUACCCCAUAAUUCUUUGAUCAUCAUGCACGCCGGCACCCAGGAAAAAUUUAAGCACUCAGUUCCUCCCCAACCUACGCUUGACCUCUACCGCCCUUUCGCCCCUCACCCCUCUCGCCCUGCGUCUCCGCCAGAGCCAUCCAAUUGCCGUAUCAAUAUAACCUUCCGAUUUUAUCGACCUGACUUCAGGCCGCAAAGCAUCCCGCAUUGCAAUUGCGAUGUACCUACGAUUUUGCGUCCAGACAUGAAGAAUAGACACGACGGUCAGACGGAUAAAUACUGGUGGACAUGCUACGCUGGCGCACAGAAUGAAGGGAAAGGAUGCUCUUUCUGGCGGGACAUGAACAUGAAGACCGAAGGUCGAGGCCCGACCAUUUCUGAUGUAGAGAGCAAUGAUCAGUAA